AAGGGCCCGCUGUGUGUGACGGCUCCGGAGGGUUUUUAUCUGAAGUGGGUUGGGGCAUAAGUGCGGACGGGGACUUGCGGCGUUGCCCUGGUGUAGCGUGGCAGUGCCCUCCUGCCUCUCCGGAAUGACAUUUACCCUUGUGGGACGAAAACCUUGCAGCUGUCAGGGGUGGUCGUUAUUAUUUCACUGAUGCAGGUCAUGUAGAAGAGCAGAUUUAAUGUGAAGAUGGGACUGUUGGUGUUUAUGCGUAACCUGCUGCUAGCCCUCUGCCUCUUUCUGGUACUGGGAUUUCUGUACUAUUCCGCUUGGAAGUUGCACCUCCUCAGAUGGGAAGAUUCAAAUUCAGUGGUUCUUUCCUUUGACUCCGUUGGACAUACAAUAGGCUCAGGAAGGAGAGAGAGAAAAACUGUGGCUAUUCUGCUUCCGCUGUCCAUCCCAUCUCACCUUGCUGCAGAUCCAGGAAAAGACAGAGCCCAGAAAGAACCCACAGAAACAAUGGCAGCUCCAGGCCCAGCCAUUCCCAAGUAUGACAAACUGGGCUUUCUCCUGAACCUGGACUCAAAAUUGCCUCCAGAAUUGGCAUCGAAGUAUGCAAAUUUCUCAGAGGGAAUGUGCAAGCCUGGUUAUGCAUCAGCACUCAUGACUGUCAUCUUCCCAAAGUUCUCGAAGCCGGCACCAAUGUUCUUGGAUGAUUCCUUCCGGAAAUGGGCUCGUAUCAGGGACUUUGUACCCCCCUUUGGAAUUAAAGGACAAGAUAAUCUGAUCAAAGCCAUCCUGUCAGCAACCAAAGAUUACCGACUAACUCCAGCUCUUGACAGUCUCAGCUGCCGGCGAUGUAUUAUUGUGGGAAAUGGUGGAGUACUUGCAAAUAAGUCAUUGGGGUUAAAAAUCGAUGACUAUGAUGUUGUUGUCAGGCUGAACUCUGCACCAGUGAAGGGCUUUGAAAAAGAUGUGGGUGGCAAGACAACACUGCGGAUCACAUAUCCUGAAGGUGCAAUCCAGAAAAUGGAGCAGUAUGAGAAGGAUUCCCUGUUUGUUCUGGCAGGAUUCAAAUGGCAGGAUUUCAAGUGGCUGAAAUACAUUGUUUACAAGGAGAAAGUGAGUGCCUCUGAUGGCUUUUGGAAGUCAGUGGCAACCCGUGUCCCAAGAGAACCUCAUGAGAUACGUAUCCUGAAUCCCUACUUCAUCCAGGAGGCAGCUUUCAGCUUCAUCGGAUUGCCUUUCAACAACGGCCUGAUGGGCAGAGGGAACAUCCCUACCUUGGGAAGCGUAGCAAUAACCAUGGCGCUCCACAACUGUGAUGAGGUGGCGGUAGCUGGGUUUGGCUAUGACAUGAGUUCACCCAAUGCACCGCUGCACUACUAUGAGAACAUCAAGAUGUCUGCCAUCAAAGAGUCCUGGACACACAACAUCCAGCGGGAGAAGGAGUUCCUGCGGAAGCUGGUGAAAGCCCGAGUCAUCACUGACCUAACCAGUGGGAUCUGAGUGGCUGCAGCCACUGCCUCCAAGGGAGGAGAUGAAGAUGCACGCUGCAGUUCUAGAUGCAGGCACUGGCAGCCCCCGUAAGAAUCCCACCUCACUGAAGACACACAGAGUUGCCCAGGUGCUCUGGGAAGACCCUCUCACGUUGCCAGCCUGCGUGAGGGUUACAUCUGCUGCCUCCAGGCCUAGAGCUGGCAGGAGGUGGGCAAGGGGCUGAGUGGGCAGUUCUUGAACUCUGCAUCGCAGACGGAUCUUCUGUGUCCUGAACUAAUCAGGAGAGACUCAGGAGAGAGAAGACAGGUUUGUGAAUAAAACGAUUUGUGCCAAAUGGGAGGCGAUGCUGCCCCGAGGCAGCGAUGCCUGAAUGUACAAAGUAUUAUUUUUUAAAAGAAACUGCUGGAAUCAUAUAAGAAAUACCAAGGUGCAAGGCAAGGACUGCUUGUGCACAGCCCUGCGAAACACCCGGCCUCUUCAUUCUCCAUCUGCGUUCUCACUGGCCUCAGACCUUUCCCCAGGAAAACAAAUCCAUCCAAAACUUUGGUGUCGUUGGUGCUGCUAUAAUUUGGAGGGAGAAUAUUAGCUUUCCCUCAUCCUCCACAUGGAGCUUCUGGAUGGAGAUGAGCAUGGGUUUGUUUUUCUGCACUUUUCCUUGCUUCCUGUAUAGAGGCAGCAGCAGCAGCCACUUACUUGGCUGCAUUUUCCAUAGCCAUUUGCUCUGCCUCUGCUCUGACCCCAAGGUGGAGUGGGGAGCUGAUGGCUUUCUCUGCCUGCCUCAGACCCUCCCCACCUUCCUGCCUGUCACAGCGCUGAGGAGCCUGCCUUGUUGUACUCAAGGCUUUCAGGCCUCUUGGUUUAUGCCUGCUGUGCAGGGCCCCUGUGGAGUCCAUAGAGAUUGGUGUCACCAUUUCUGGACAGCAUCUUGCUUUAUUUUUGUGUGGGAGAGGAGUAAUUUAUUCUUUGGAAGGAGGUCAGAUCUUGCACAGAGAUCUGCAGCUUUACAGCUUGAGAGCAGGCUGCUGAAGAAGUUCAUUUUACUUUCCAGACUUGGUUAUGUUCCCUAUUUUAAGUGACGUGUGACCUCAGUGAUGAUGGAGCCUGCUGGCACGGGUGGGAGCCUGCUGCGAACCCUCACCCUCUGCUUGGCCCCUGCUCACUUCAUUUAGAAGCUCCUCCUGUGCUGAUCUAGCACUGCUGCUCCUCCUGCUCUCAGGAGCACGUCCCUUCCUUUGCCGUCUUGGUCCCGAGAUGCAGUAUUUGCACAUUUGAUUUGUAUACUUAUUUUAAAGGAGCUGGAAUAAACUGAGCAACAGGGCCAAGUGCAGGGACAGCAGGGUGGUAUAAUGCGCAUGGAGAGCGUGGGCACAAGAGGGAUUGCCAGGGGAAUGGUUACAGGUGGAAAUUGGCUCCUGUGCUCUUCUAGCCUGGAGCAGACUGGAUUUGCACCCAGGCACAUGAUCCUGAGCCAAGUCCCUGUGUGCUGAAGCACCAGUGUGCAGCCACCAGUGCUGGGUCAGUGGAGAGGGGAGCCCUAAGAAUGCUGGCCAGGCUCAUGGUCCUGGAGCUGUAUCUGACGUAGCCCAAGGAUUGCAGUCUGCCUUGCUCUGAGCUGAAGGGAGAACGUGGUACUAACAUGGACAAGGAUGCUCAGAGCAGGGCUCGCAUGGUUCCCCUCUGCUGCCUCUGUUCCCACUGACUUGCAGGGACCUGUGGCUCUGGGGCUGAGAUCCCAAAGGGAAUGGGCAGGAGGAGCUGAGGAGCAAACUAUAUGGAAUGGUUGGAGGCAGAGGCAGCUUUCAGGACAUGGUGCUGGGUGCUGCCCACAGACCAGUGUGAAAGUGCCCUCAGGAGCCUCUCCUCCGUUGUGCUUCUGUAGCCAAGGAGCUUGCUCAUGGGCAAGUUCAGUCCAGCUUCUGGUUGUGGCUACUGCUUGCCUUGUAGUUUGGGAGCAGCUCAAAGAUCCUGCCUCUUGCAGACCAUUGAAGACACAUACUUCCUUCUCUUUCCCCAUCCUAUGCCCCUUUCCCUGGCCUUCUGGCUUCCCAGCCAGCUGAUCCUGCUCUCCCUUGUACAUGUCUCUUCCCAGGAUGCUCUUUGAGGCUUCCAGUAUUGAGAGCUGGAGUUUCCAGCAGGUUUUUUAUUAUAUGCUGUGGCAAAUACUCCUUUUUUUCCCCCGAUUUGAUUUUGCUGCUGCAGGAGCUCAAGGGACUGGAUUUCCAUGGCUCUUGCCGGGCAACACUCCCUUCGAAGUUCCUGCAUGUCAGCCUGGACCUGGGACCAUUGUCCAUAGAGUCCCUGCCAGUGGCUGCCUGGCACGGACCUAGCUGAGGUUGUGUCUGGGGAAGGGUGGGCACCCACCCUCUGCUUCGUGCUUGAGCUGGGUCUUUAGCAGCUGCUGUGAGAGCCCUAGGCAGUGAGGGACCACAUCUGUAUGCUACAGUGAGCUGAGAUGCCAGAGAGCUGAUGGAUCCAGCCAGGAGGAGGAGGGCAGCGAAAGAGCCUCAUAAAGGCCUGUGGUGGGCAGCCCUCUACCCCGUGGGGGAAGCACCCCCAUGGAGGCUUGUGAUGGCAGUGAUACGAUUACAUGUUUUAUUGAGCACUACAAAGCUAUGGGACACCUUUGUCUUCCAGCUGACUGGCUGCAGGUCCAAGGAGAGAGCAUGGCCCAGGGUGACUGGGGUGAGAAACAAAAGGAAAGAGAGGAUGUGGGGUUGUUUGGGGCACCAAGGCUCCCCUCUAACUCACUGUCCCCUUUUGCACUGGUGGGCAAGCACCCCUGCGGAGCAGCCCUGUGUCUGGUGAUGGGGUGUGCGCGCUGCAGCACCCCAGGAGCAGGUUUCACUCCUGGAUGCUGUUCCCCCGGCUGCCUCCCCGCAUGCACCUGCAGCCACCUCCUGCGCUCCCAAACGCGGCAGUCCUGCCAGCUCGGAGCGGUGUGCGGGUCAGAGCAGGGUCAGUGGGACGGAUGCGAGUCUUGGCCUCUCCCUCACAGUGACUCACCUUUUCAGCUCGGAAGGGAGAGCCCAGGGGAAUUCUCCAUAGCCUAAAUAUAGAGCGGGGUUGCCUGGUGCCUCUGACGCGCUGUGGUGCAGAAAGGCCACUCGGGUGGCAGGGAACCUGCCUGGAGAGAUGCUGGAGAAGCGCAGGGAGGUCAGGGAGCCAGCUCCUGCAGCAGUGUCGCUCCACAUGGUGCAGAGAGCAAGUGUGGGGAGCUGCAGGCCAGCCAGCAUGUGCUGCUCUGGGGGACAGGGGCUUCCACAGAGCUGCUGCUGCCCUGACCACACGAUGAGCAUGGGCUGCUCAUGCGAUUGUGUCCUACAGCUCUCCCCAGUGCCCACCACCUUGGCAUAGGGCUCCCUCUUUGCUGUGACCUCAAGCUCGCACGUGCCAAACAGAGGCACCAUGGCUAGGGAGCAGGAGGGCAGUAGGGAAUCCUCUGCACUCAGCAUCCCUUAGCCCAGCAUCUAUGGGCUUCCAGAGUCUCCUUUUCCUGGGUGGGAGCAGCACGGAGGCCCUGCCCUGCCAAGUUGCUUGGGAGAGGGGGAAGGUGUUAAGACAGGGCUGCCUGUACCAAACAGGGACAUGCAGCCCCUGGGAUGGACAGGGGCUUCCACGCUGAGCUCCACCAGCACGGUACGUGCCACCAGUCCAAGCAGUGCAUCACACACAGUAUUAGAGACAUGUCCUUCGGUGCGGGUGACGCAGGCCAGCACCCAUUCACUCCAGGCAUGGCUCCUUGUACCCCACACAGGGACUUCCUCCAAAGCCGGUGCUGCACCAAGCUGAGAUGUGAGAACUCCAUGAGUUUUUAAAAUUAGGUUUAGUUUCUGCAGGUUUUUUUAAUUUCCCCUCCAGGCAGGGAGGGCAAGAGUCGUGUAGGCUCCUCCACACCGGCUUAUGUCACAUCGGUUCAGUCAUAUCACAGAAGCAAUAAAGCUAUCA